UGAGCAGCUCAUCCACCACCAGCUGUUUGCAGAGAAUAGCAGAGCGUCUCCUCAGAGCCCGUCUGUCCUGCUCCAGCAUGCCACACUCCAACAUGUUGCUCCAACAGACUGGGUACAAGGCAAGGCUUACUUCACCCUCCCCUGCUGUCUAUCUCCUCACCCUCCCUGUGUGUGCUGUCAAUAAUUGAUGAUCCUUACAGACUCAAAGGGUAACAGGUCCGGGAGGAAAAUGUCUCACCCAUUUCUUUAUAUAUUCACAAGUCUAUCUUUAAGUUCAGUCAGGCUGACAAACUACCACAACUGUUUAUUAAAGCAGGAGGAUCGAUGGCAUGAAGUAGCCCGAGUGUGUCCGUUUUAUAGUUUGAGGCAGCUGCUUGCACCUGCGACCAUGAGCGGGUUAACGCUGCUGAAUGUCUGGCUGACAGCAGGACAGAGGGAGGAAAGGGAAGCUUAAAUGAGUGAGAGGCAGGGGGCAGAGAGGAGGAGGAGGAGUGACAGGAUGAUAGAGUGAAUUAAUUCAACCAUAGCCAGCCCUGAUUGACUCUGGUAGCAAACUGGCAUGUACAAACAUCCACAGUGACACCAAAGCCAUGGAGAGAGAAAAGAGGAAUGACAUCUUCUCCAGAAAGAGAAGUUUCACUUUUGGGGCAUAUGGAGGUAUUUCUCACUUCCUUGUUUACAGUGUGGACAGAUUCACAUGUGGGGAUGAGACGAGACCUGAAUCUGCAGAGGACAAAAUACUGGACAUCCUGGACUCUCCCGCCAGUGACAGAAAGCCUUUCCUCUCUGCCAGCAGCAACCAGAGGGACACAGAGCUGUUUGAAAUCAUUGAGAAGCUGCAGGGCAGCAGGAUCGAUGAGCAGCGGUGUGAAUUCCCUCUUCCUCUAAAGUGUCAGCUUUUAACAAUAGGUGGAGAGCUGCCGCUCAUUCUCCCUCCGGAGCUGGGGGGCUACUGGAUAGACCCCCCUCUGGAUAGGCUUGUAGACGUGAGUCCCACCGCCUCCCACUAUGGCCUCGAUCCAGAGAGCUACGACAUCAUGGAGAGAGACGGGGAGGCGAAAAUCUACCACGAGUUCUUCCACUCACGAUACCAUCACUCCUUCACAGCAAGUGAUCCAUGUUUGGGGCCUCUGGUUCUCUCUGUGUGUCUGGAGGAAGAGGAGAGCAAGCUGCGGGUGAUACUAAGAAUGAAGGAGUGCUCUCUGCAUGGAGUUUUCUCUCUGUCUCUCUUUCCCAACAUCCCAUCUGCUGUUGAACUAGCAAAGAUGCUCUGUGACAGAGUGACUGUCUCAAAGUUUGAAGUGGUCAGCUACCUCAAGGCGCCAGAACUCAUAACUACAUUUGAUGAACACAGAGUGUCUCCAAAUUUCAAGUUUGGCAUUUUGUACCAAAAGGAUGGGCAGUUCACUGAGGAAGGACAUACUUGGUAAACAAUGAGGAAAAGUGAAGAGUUUAAAGAGUUUCCUUUCUAUUUGGGAGAGACGAUUCAACUGCAAGGCUUCACCGGGUUCCGAGGAGGACUGGAUGUGUGUCAUGGCCAGACAGGAAGCGAAGCGGUCUUCACUUCCUUUCACGGGAGAGAAAUCAUGUUCCAUGUCGCAACUAAACUGCCCUUCACAGACGGAGACCCACAGCAGUUACAAAGAAAAAGACACAUUGGUAAUGACAUAGUAGCGUUGGUCUACCAGGAGGGCCAAACCCGGUUUUAUCUGACGUCAUCACAGUCUCACUUCCUGCACUGUUUCCUGGUGGUCCGGAGGAUUCAGGGCGCAGAGGACGCCGGUGAAACUGCAUACCAGGUGUCCGUCACAGCCAGAGAGGAUGUUCCUCCCUUUGGUCCGGUCCUCUCGGAUCCUCCCACCUUCACAGAUCGUUCCCUGCUGAGAGAAUUCCUUCUGACUAAACUCAUCAAUGCAGAGAUUUCCUGCUAUAAAGCUCAACGAUUCAGCACACUAGAGCUCCGCACUCGUUCCUUGCUCCUGGAGAGCCUGCAGGCUGAACUCUCCACCCGUUCCCAGUGCAUGAUGGGGGAUCCAUCACUGUCUGCUCUCCCAACUUCUGAGGGUGCACGGGGGUCAUCUGAGGGGAGUGGAGGAUUCAUUGAAAACUUUAAGAGAGCCAUACGAGUGCGGAGUCACUCUUUUGAGACUCUCGGGGUACCCAGGAAGGUUGGUGGCAGCAGUGCUUCACAGAAGCCUAAGACAGAGAAAGAUGGAGAGAGUGACAAAUCUCCAGGACCUGCUGACAGUUUGGGGCCGGCUGAACUCAAAGAUCAAGCAAGUCCUCAAGAAGAGACAUAAAAGGAAAUAUGAAUUUGUAGAUUUUAAUUGUUAAUAUAUAGACAUUGCUAGCCUAUAUGGUUACUACUUUAUUAUCCUACUGGAUGGCUUAAUUGUACAAUAGAGUGUAAAAGUAAAUAGAAUUUCUGAGAAUAUAAAUAUUUGACUGUCAUAGCAGCAAUAUUCUACAUAAAUGAAAAGCUUAACAUUGUAUUUCAGUGAAAUGUUAAAGAUAUAAAACUGCCAGGAAAAGGCUGAAUGUUUUUGAGUUUGCACGUGUGUGUUUUUAUUGUCAAUAAAAAAUGUUUUUACUUCAGUGAGGGAUGCAAAAAGAGGAAGAGGAGAGGAGACAGAGUUGAGGAACAGCAGAGGAAAUGAUUGAUGAUGAUUAGUACAAUAAGCAUAACAUUAAGAGUGAUUGUUUUGAUGAUGACGAUGGGUAUAAUGAUACCAGUAAAACAUGAUUAUUGAAAAAGACAGAUGAUGUUGGCAAUUUAAGAAACAAACAUGUUACACUGAAUGUAACAAUAAGCAGAAGAGAGAGGAAGAAUAUACUGUGAUGGAAGAUGUUUUACGUUAUAAAAAUACUUUGAGUAAAAGUCUGCAUUGAAAUGUUAAUUAGUAAAAGUAAAAACACAUUAUCCGCUAAAUGUACUAUAUGACAUAAUUAGAAUUAUUAUUACUGAUGCUGUAAUGUGUAAACAUUUGAGGUUUUCUGUGUAAAAUCUUAAUCUGCAAAGUAACUAGUAGCUGUAAAAUAAAUGUAGUGAAAUAUUCUAA